CUGCAACAGCGACACAGCCGCAUUCACUUUGCACACAGCCACACAAGAGACGACCACACAGACACGCACUGUUGCCAUCACACCUAAUUGACUGGUUGAGAUCGCAAGAGAGGGAGACGGAGAGAAGGAGCCCUGAGCACGCAGAGUGUGAGUGAGUGUGUUGGUUGGAGUGUUGGAGUGUUGGAGUGUGAGUGAGUGUGUGACCCACUGCGCUCUUUGUCGCACGCACGUUUGAAGGACUACGCUCGCUGUCGCCACCAUACCCGGCGUGGCCCAGGUUUGAGCUGAACAGCAACCCAGCAACAACAACAAAGUUGAAGCGAGGAUGUUUCGAAGGCGCCGCAAACAUGAGGCUGCCUCAUCCGCAGCAGCUCACCACAACCCAGCAUGCUCGUCCACGAGCCCUGCCGCUUCCGAUUGUGGUGGAGGAAUCAACUCCGGCAUCCCAAACACCCGGCAGAACAGCAACCCACACAUCUACGGCCUCAUGGGCCUCGGCAUUGUCCGCGUCUACCUCAGCGACGGCACAUUCAAGAGUGUCAAGGCAGACCAGAUGGGCACGUGUGCAGAGGUGGUUGACUACAUUGUGAAGAAGAAAAACACCCUUGGCGAUCCACGGGAGUGGCGCCUCAUGGUCUUCACACGUCAAGGAGAGCCCGUGUUUCUUGAUGACGACGAGCCCGCCAUGGAGCUGCUGGAGGACGACGUCGAUAAGAUCUUUCUGAAAAAGGCGAGCGAGCGGCGCAUGUACUAUGAUGACGAGGAGCACUUGAAGAAACGCGCGCAGAAGCUGGAGUUCCAGCAGCUGCAGGCAAAGCGAAAGAACACGGGCGUGUAUCUCAACCCGCUCUACAGCGUCGACGUCAAGCAGGACGCACCAGCAGCACCAGCGCCACCGCCGCCCCUGCCGCCAAACCGUGGCUCCGUGACCUCGCUCGAGCUUCGACUGGACGACGAGGGCGUCUUUGAUUACGAAAACAGCACCAACGUGGACGAAGACGAGCCGUGUCCUCCGUGGGACGUCGAGCCUGCCGGGCCCUGGGUCGCCGACGAUGAAAUCGCUCCAGGCGCCCUCAUCCCAAUGGCUUCAAAGGCAUUUUGGCGCAAGAAAGGCGACAAGGAAGGUCGGCGACAGAGCAAGCUGCACAGUGGACGUGGCAGCCGAAUGUAUGACAGCGACAGCCCCCAUGAUGGCCACAAUGAUCAUGACGACGACGACGACGAUGAUGAUGGUGCCGAUGAUGAUCACGAGUACGUGGACACGGACGAUGAAGGAGAUGAGGAUGAGGACGCCGUGUUGCAGCAGCAGUUGCGAACAGCGAGACGAGCAAUGGCCAGGAGCAACGACAAGCCGGCGCGACGCCAAACACUUCAGGCAAAACACAUGCCUGCACUGGCUCGCCAAUCCUCGCUGGAAGCGGUGCGCGCACCACCUCCGCCGCCGCCGGCAUCCAACGGCAACAGCAACGACAACGACAGCAUUGGCAGUGCCACCAGCAGCGUGGCGGCGUCACGCAAGGGCAGCGAGGCGCAGGAGGGCGGGAAGCCGAGACGACGGUCGUCGUUCGGAUGGCUCUCACGGCUGCGGGACAAGAGCAAGGAACGCAUUCGUACCAGCAGCGAUGCCGGCACAAGCAAGGCGGCAGAGAAGAAGCUCAACAAGCGCGUGAAGAACUUGCUGAAGCACGCACCGCUCGUGGAAGAGGCCGGUGAGGAGGAUGGCGACAGCAAGAAACACACGGCCAAGCACAAGGGUAUGCGUGAUCGCUCAGACACCGUUGCGAAGAGCACCAUCGCCACGGCAUCUGCAACACCAACCACCGCUGCACCAGCAUCGUCAUCGUUGUCGGCGGCAACGGCACCAGAGGCACCACGGGCACCACGGGCACCAGCAGAGAGCACCAUUGUGACUGGCUUCUCGAAGAAGCUGAAGGAUAAGAACACGGUGAGCAAACGACGUCGCCGUGCACCGCCGCCACCACCCAUGCAGAAGCCAUCAGCGGUAGCCCGCAAGGACGACGAUAACGAUGGUGAUGACAACAGCGCUGGGGACGCAAAACAGCAGCAACCAAGCGAUGGCCAUAAACGACAGCAUGGAGAUAACACGAGCGUUAAGGAGCAGACAAGUGUAAGCUCGUCAGCGACCAGCGGCAUUGCAUCAGCGGCACCACUGUCUCCGCUCACACCAAUACCACAGACACAAGCACCGCCACCUCCGCCGCCGCCGCCGCCGCCACCGGCAUCGCAAGCAACCAGCACAACACCAGCAACAUCAACAACAUCCACACCUCCACCGCCACCGCCACCGCCACCUGCGGCCAUGGCAUCGGUGACCUCGCCAACCACCACAACAAAGCCAGCAGCAACCGCAAGUGCAGGCACCGCACCGCCACCGCCACCGCCACCGCCACCGCCACCGCCACCAGCACCACCAGCACCACCAGCAACAACAAGUGCAUCAACUCCGACAGGUGGUCCAGCACCACCGCCGCCACCACCGCCGCCACCGGCUCCAUCACAGCAGCCACAGCAACCACAGCAGCCACAGCAGCCAAGCAACACAACAUCGCCAGCGCCGUCACCAUCAGCAAGCGGUGGGUUGGCUGCAGCCCUCCAGGGAGCAAAACUGAAGCCAGCCAACCAAUCCACACCCUCGGAAGUGUCCAAAGCGCCACCACCACCAGCAGCAGCAUCAGGCAACAGCAUUGCUGCUGCAGUGGCAGCGGCAGCAAACAAGCGCAGAGCAAGCAUGGCCCCAUCCUCAGCCCCGGCAUCAACACGGCCACCUGCUGCACCUGCUGCUCCCACGCCGCCACCUGCACCCAAGGCCCAACCCACUCCAUCGCUUCCCAAGGCCACCGCAACAUUGGCGGCGCCACCACCACCACCACCUCCUCCCCCACCAGCAGCACCGCCAGCAUCGUCAGCAUCGCAACAGCCCUCUGCCCCACUCCCACCUCCUCCUCCACCAUCAGCAUUGUCAGUGCAGGCACCAAAGACAGCUGUAUCAGCGCCACCACCUCCCCCACCACCUCCUUUUCCCCAAGCAUCAUCAGCAACACCAACCAAGCAGCAGCAGCAACCACCACCGCCACCACCACCUCCUCCUCCUCCCUCGACAUCCCAAACCACCGCCACUGCACCGCCACCGCCUCCUCCGCCGCCAGGCCCACUCGGCAGCAGCACAGAAGACAGCAACAACAACGGAGGAAGGAACGGUGCACUGCUGGCGGCGCUCAAGGGCGCGAAGCUGAAGAAGGCGGAACCGUCAUCAUCAACAUCGUCAUCAUCGCCACAGAACAGCAGCGGCGAUGGGGACGGGCGAGCAGAUUUGCUCAGUGCAAUUCAAGGUGGCGUCAAGCUGCGAAAGGCUGCGGACAGAGCGCCGAGCCCAAAAGCUGCUGCCCGCAAAGAGCCGAUGGAUAUGAUGAGCGAGCUGCGAAUGCGACAAAACCGACGACGACAGACGAUGACAGACACGCCAUCAAAAUCACCGCCGCCGCCACCUACUGCAUCACAGGACGAGCCGGUUGACCAAGGAAAGGAUGGUGAAGACACAUCAUCAUCAUCAUCAUCACCAUCAUCAUCAACAACAUCGCCACCCCUGCCGCCACCGCCACCGCCCGCUGUGAUGAACAAGCCGGCAAACUCGGCAGUAAAGCAGCCACCACCUCCUCCCGCGCCCAAACCAACAUCGCCCAAACCAACACAGCAGGGUGACACGGGUGGUGCGAAGCCAUCAGUGCAGGCGCUGAUUGCUGCUCGCAAGAAGGCAAAGGCGGAGGAGGCCGCGGCGAAAGAUCGCCAGGCGCAGGCAGAUGAGGCCGCCAAGUGGGCAGGCGUCCCAGAGUGGAAGAAGAAGAUUCUCAUGGCAAAGGAGGAGAAGCGAAAAGCAGCAAUGGCGCCGAUGUUGAAGAAGAAAGAGGAAGAAGAGAAGCGACACCAGGAGAUGGCAAACAUGCCAGAGUGGAAGCGGAAACUCGUUGAGAAGAAAAUGGGCAUGUGACGGGUGUAUGAGGUUGCCUGUCUGUGUGUGUGUGUGUGUGUG